CACCCCCAGCCUAGAGCGAGUCAAUUUAUGGAAAGACAAGUCGACCCUUUAAUGGUUCCCAUCAAAACCACUAAAAACAUCAUCAGAGCGGCCGACUUCCGCGAGGAUUCCUGUGGCGGACGCAUGCAGACUCCGACCAAAACAAAGCCGCGGAGAGACAGUUCUGGGAGUUUGACCAAGCUCUUCACUUCCCAAUAGAGAAGAGAAGUUCGCUUUUGCUCAAGUUUUUCAACAUUCAAGAGUCUGCUUCUUCCUCAACCAGGAUACUUUCGCAGAAGGCGGCAAAAGUGGCCUGGCUCCUGAAUAUCACCAGUCCGCUCGGCGCCUUCAUUUACUCUUAUUAAGGUUCUUUUUAUUUCCCGUUUUUAUACAAGCGAGUUUGGUGGUUCAUGUUCACAAAUGUUAGCGGUCGGGCAAAUGGAGGCUAACCGGCAGAGUGCUUUCGUCCUGGGCAGCACCCCGCUGGCGGCGUUGCACAACAUGACCGAGAUGAAGACUUCCCUUUUCCCGUAUACGCUGCAGCAGAGCCCGGCGGGUUUUAAGGCGCCCCACCUCUCCAGUCUUAACUCCCAGAUGGCCGGGGGGACCCCGCACGGAAUAAGCGACAUCCUUGGGAGACCCAUCACCUCUGCCGGACAGCUGCUCUCCGGCUUCCCCAGGAUAAACGGCCUGGCCACCACCGCAGCCGCCGCGGCAGCAGCCGCCGCGGGGAUGUACUUCACCCCGGCGAUGUCGCGGUACCCGAAGCCGCUGGCCGAGCUGCCGGGGAGGGCGCCUAUCUUCUGGCCCGGGGUGAUGCAGGGUUCUCCCUGGAGGGACCCGCGAGUUCCUUGUCCUUCUCAAGCUAGUAUGAUGUUGGAUAAGGAUGGAAAGAAGAAACACUCCAGGCCGACCUUUUCAGGACAGCAAAUCUUUGCACUGGAAAAAACCUUCGAGCAGACGAAAUACCUGGCCGGCCCAGAGAGAGCCCGCCUGGCUUACUCUUUAGGAAUGACCGAGAGUCAAGUCAAGGUUUGGUUUCAGAACAGAAGAACCAAAUGGCGGAAGAGACACGCAGCAGAGAUGGCCACGGCCAAGAAGAAGCACGACUCCGAGACGGAGAAGAUGAAGGAGAGCUCGGACAACGAGGACGACGACGAGUACAACAAGCCCCUGGACCCCAACUCAGACGACGAAAAGAUCACGAGACUGUUGAAAAAGCACAAGGCCAGCAACCUGGCGCUGAUCAGCCCCUGCAGUAACAGCUCGGACACUUUGUGAUGCACUCAUUUUUUUUUUUUCAUCCCCUUUCCACCUGACACUGCGAACAUGCGCCUGGGGGGGGGGGGGGGGGGAGUGGUCGCGGUCGCAUUGGGCUCUGACAGAGCAAGAAAAUGUGUAAAAACCGAGAAAGACGCACGGAAGACGCGCCCACCAAAACACGGCCAGAGACGCAUUUGGCUGCAUCCAACCCCCCCACCCAGACACUGUAAACACGGAGAUAUUACUCCUGUCCACAAUGGACUUCAAGAAGACUGAUAAUGACAAGUUCAUGUCAGGUGAAAAGACAGAAAUAUUGGGACUGGAAAUUGUUUCGGCGACGCAAAUCCGUUUUUACGCAUCCAACUGGAGUUUUAAACCACAGGUGUAAAUGUAAACAUAUUAUUAUACACACACACACACACACACACACACACACACACACACACACACACACACACACACACACAAUCCGGAUCAGUGUUGGGCUUAUUGCUGUGACUUAUUCCACAAGUAAUGCUGCUUUGCUUUCCCCGUGCAGUGUAAUUCAUGACACUUGUUACAUUAUUUCCAAGAUUACAGCCUCUGUCACCUUUCCAAGCCAGGAUGGCCAUUCUCUUCUCUCUGAAUGAGACGGAUGGCGGUUUCUUUUUGAAUUGGUUUUCAGUACUUAUAAUAUUUUCAUCUGCAGAAAAAAAAAAAAAAAGACUUUACCGCCAGUCCUUUUUCAUUCUGAAGUGAAGAAAGUGCACCAUUUCAUAAAAUUCAGCCUCUAUCCAAUUUUGGUUUAAAGAAAGGCAACAGUUGGUGUAGCUUGAGAGGUGACUGGAAGCUUUUAGUAGGAGGGAUUUCUUAGCAGCCGACUCUGAUCCGGAUCCCAGACGCAUGUUUCCUAUGGCAGGUGGAAACGGGGCCUGUGACGCUUCUAAAGCUCAGUUUAACCAGGGUAUCCACUGUCCUAAAAGGCGAGAGAGUGACUUUUUUUGAGAGGGGGGGGGGGGGGCGCAGGUUGGAGAUGAAUGAAUGAUUUGUGCUGUAGCCUAAAGAAGAGAAAUGGACGUGAGACUGUAUAUAUUUUUUACUGAAUAAGUUAUGAUCCAACCAGUGGGAACGUGGCAGCCGUCCUCCCUCCGCAGCCUCCCGGACGUAAAGGGCUCUGCUGCCGCAGAGUGACGUCGGCCCCGGUCCUCCGCCUUUUACAAAUUGUCAAUUCAGUACCGGCACACACAUGUAUAGACGCAA